GCCAGGCUUCUUCAUUGCGUACUCAUUGUGCAAAACGCCUAAGACUUUUGGCGAAGGCUUUGGACAGUACAGAGUACGGCGAAGAAACUUUCCGGAAAGGUAAGUUGACGACAUGGGGCCGGGGACGCGUUCUGAGGCCGCUCGCACAGUCAUGGAGUCGUUGCAUGUAGUGACGGUAGAACCUAUUAUGUUCGUCCUGUCAAUGACGAACUACAUGCGGACGCCCGCCAGCCAACUUCUAGUCCUGCACAAAGUCUGUAUCCAGAGCUACAACGACACGGUUUGUGGAGAUGUAGACGAGAAAUCGGCUGCUGUUGAGAACGACGUUCAGGCAAACGCAGCGCACUGGAAUUUCCUCCUCAAGAUGGCCCUGUUCAUCCCAGGGGCCAUAGUGUCGUCCUUGUACGGUCCCUUGAGCGAUCGUUUGGGAAGGCGCAUGUUCCUGAUCAUCCCAUCCUUGGGCAGCAUUCUGGGAGCUGUGAGCUUCCUCUUCCAGACUUACUUCCCAAUGAUGCCGCUGGAUUAUCUGAUCGCCAGCGAAAUCGCUGUGGGGCUGUCUGGGAACGUCGUCACCGCUUACAUCAUUGCCAAGAGCUACCUGUGUGACGUGACGGAUGGCACUAACCGAACCAAGCGACUUGGAGUGAUGAAGGCUAUGUCUCACAUCGGAGGUCCUAUCGGGGCAUUCCUCUCCGGUGUCCUGAUUGACAUGAAAGGCUUCGCCCCUGUCUACUUCAUACUCGCUGGUAUCCACGUCCUCGUUGUGCUCUACGUUGUGUUCUGGCUGGAGGAGACCGUGGAUUAUGAGUCGGACCAGGAGCUGAGCAGUGGGGGCGACGAAGAUGACACUAGUGAGGACGAGGAGAGGGCUGAAGAUGAAGAAAUCGAGACGAAAGGGAAAGAGGAGCCUCAAGCUGGACAGGAAAAAGUGGAGAAAGAGGGAGAGGCAGACGACGGCAAAAGAGAAAGAUUUUGGGGUGAAACCCGUGACUCCAUCAGGCAAUCUUUCAGGGAGGUGUGGAAGAGCUUGAGAAGCAUGCUUCUGGUCUGCUUCCGAGAGAGACUUGGAUGCAGACGCAAAUACCUCCUGCUGGCUAUGCUCAUUGGUAUCAUCCAUAACAUUUGCUCUACAGCCGAAAUGGACCUGAUUGUCUUAUACACGAAGCAUUCUCCGCUGAAUUGGACCGCCACGACCAUCGGUGUUUUCAUCAGCGUUCGAACCGCUCUGAAAGCAGCCACCUUGGUCUUGGGGUUACCUGCAAUCUUUAAGAUUGUGAAAAACCACUCGAUGCAGUUAGAUCUAGGUCUGACUUCCAUAGGGAUUAUAUCAACCUCAGCAGCUCUGACCAUGAUUGCAUUCGCAAAAUCCACUACGGUCAUGAUGAUAGCUGCCGCUGUUGGGAUGUUAGUGAGCUUCCCUAGUGUUACCAUAACGUCCAUCAAAUCCAAGUUAGUGGAACCUCAAGAAUAUGGGUCGCUCUUUGCAGUAACAGCUUUGAUUCAGACGCUUACCUCCGUAGCCAGUUCUGGUCUUUUCAACAAUCUUUAUGCUGCCUUGCUGCCAAUCUGGCCCGGUCUGCCGUUCCUCGUAACAGUCGGUUUCUACGCAUUGUCGCUUCUCCUCGUACUGUACAUAUGGUACGACGUGAAAGUGCAAUCUAAAGAAGAGGAAUUGAUGACUGAUCGUCACGGGCCCAAAUACAAAGAACUAAAGAAUAUUGAAGAUGGGAAGACGGAUUAGCCACCUCGGGAAAAUACCCAGUUGAGAC